AAGCUGUCAUGUAAAGUUAUGGAAUAAAUAGGGGAGUGACCGUGUUGGGGUGUACCAGUUUUUCACAGGCCAUCAGCAAGUGCUGCUCAGUCUGCAGCAACCAACAGCCCAUGAAACUGUUGUGCUGAAAGGAAGAAUUAACUGGUCUUUCAACUUCAGCCUUUUUAUUGUGAGAGGGAAGAUCACAGAAGUGUUACCAUGGGGAGAACAGCAGUUAAAGAUUCAAAGAAUAUUAAAAAAGAGAAAGAUGGAAAGAAUCAGCAGGCAAACAACCCGUCUUUAAAAAGUGAACAGUUUAAUUGGGAUGACUAUCUGAAAGAGACUGAAUCAGUAGCUGCCCCUCUACAUUGUUUCAGACAGUCUAGAAUUCCACCUACGAACGAUUUCAAAGUUGGUAUGAAACUGGAAGCCCGUGAUCCUCGCAAUGUUACCUCAGUUUGUAUAGCUACAGUCAUUGGAAUCACUGGUGCCAGGCUAAGGUUGCGGCUGGAUGGAAGUGACAACAAAAAUGACUUUUGGAGGCUUGUGGAUUCCUCAGACAUACAACCCAUUGGGACCUGUGAAAAGAAAGGGGGCAUGCUCCAGCCUCCGCUGGGGUUCCAGAUGAAUGCAUCAUCUUGGCCAACGUUUCUCUUAAGAACUCUCAAUGGAGCUGAAAUGGCACCUGCAGCAUUCUUUAGGAAGGAACCACCAAAACCUGUGCCAAACUGCUUUAAAGUUGGAAUGAAACUUGAAGCUAUAGACAGAAAGAACCCAUAUUUGAUUUGCCCAGCAACCAUUGGAGAUGUUAAAGGAGAUGAAGUUUUUGUUACAUUCGAUGGCUGGAGAGGAGCAUUUGACUAUUGGUGCAGAUGUGAUUCUCGAGAUAUUUUCCCAGUUGGAUGGUGUAGCUUGACAGGAGAUGCAUUACAACCACCAGGGAACGAUGUUUCCAUUACAAAGAGCAGUGCAAAAAUCCAAUCUUCCCCUUCCAAAGUGACCCGGCGUUCAAUGCAGUCUCCACAGAAAUCUGCUCCAGUACCAGCACAGCGAGGCAGGAAACCAGGUCGGGGCAAACCCCCUGGACAGUCUGCAGUUCCCAAGAAGGGCCGGUCUCCUAAAAAUAUUCCCCUGACAAAAAGCACCUCUCAUACUGAAAAUCUUAAAACAAGGAAAAAAAGUUUAAAACCUGGAAAAAAGAAAAAAAUCUUGCCAGAAAAACCAACUCCUGCAUCUCCUUCUCCUCAGUCAUCUCCUGAGGGGGACAAUGGAACUACACAGAUACAUAAAGAUGGAUUUAGUUUGUCUGGUGCAACUGCAGCAGUUAUAUCCACAGUGUGUGUUUAUGUCAACAAACAUGGAAAUUCUGGGCCUCACCUGGAUAAGAAGAAGGUUCAGCAGCUUCCAGACCACUUUGGACCAGGUCCUGUCAAUGUGGUACUUCAGCAGGCUGUACAGGCUUGUGUGGAUUGUGCCUAUCAAGCCAAAACAGUCUUUGGAUUUCUGAAAUCUGGCCAUCACGGAGGGGAAAUGAUAACUGCUUCCUUUGAUGGGGAAAAGCAUGCCAUCAAUCUUCCUUCUGUAAACAGUGCAUCAUUUGUCCUGCGCUUCUUGGAGAAGCUCUGCCACAGCCUGCAGUGUGAUAAUCUCUUCAGUAGCCAGCCUUUCAGCCCUUACAUGGGAUGUGCACAUAGUCCUACAGAGUAUGAUAGGAACAAGCCAGCCAAAGAAGAAAUACCUGAAAACAGGAAUGCUAAACGAUACUCUCAGGACUCUCCACCAUAUACUGCUCCUCUUUCCCCUAAACUUCCCAGAAAGGAUGCUCAUCCAUCUGAAGCAGAAACUUUGCCUAUAGAGGAAAACAGCACUUCCAAAGAACACCGAUUUUCUGAGGACUCUAUGGAUUCUGCACUUAAUUCUGUAAAUCUGUCAAGCCCAACCUGUCGAAAUUCCACAGAGUACCGUACGGCAGGAAGUGCUGCAUAUUACAGAAAUUCCCAUCAACCAGCAACUGCUACCUCAAAUUCAGCCCCAAUCCUGCGCAGUCUGUCUUUGAGCUCUGCUGGGAGCAGCAGUUACUGUGAAGUCAGUAGGAAUCGAAUACAGAGGCGAAUUGAAGCUGCAAGUUCCACAACUGGACCGGAUUUGAAUUCACUAAAAAGGGAACCUUCAAGAAUAUUGAAUAAGGACCCUUCCACCUGGUCAAUAGAGGAAGUGGUGCGUUUUGUGAAAGAAGCUGAUCCACAGGCACUGGCUCCACAUGCAGAACUCUUUAGGAGACAUGAAAUUGAUGGGAAGGCACUGCUCUUACUCAGGAGUGAUAUGAUAGUGAAAUAUAUGGGACUGAAGCUGGGGCCUGCCCUUAAGUUGUGCUACCACAUUGAACGACUUAAACAAGGAAAGUACUAGACCGUGGAGAUACCACAAAUGUGUGUGUUUGUAUCACACUAAGCUCUCAGGUUCACAGCCAUCCCCUUUGUUUGAAACUGUUUUGCUGAUAUAAAUAGUCUUUAUUUUUUGAAAGUGCUCUCAAAAUGUUAAAAAGACAUUCAGGAUAAAAGGGGGGGGGAGUGAUUUGUAUUUCAUCCUGGUAUUUUUGUGAACUAUUUCAGAAAGUUGGCAGGCAAGGACAGUUGAUCAUACUGGGUGUGGGCAGGUCGGGUAACAGCGCUCUCCUAAUCCUGAAAAGUGUGUUCUGUGUUACAGGCUUCAGCCAAUGUGUUCAUAUUCAGAACCAAAACAGCUGAAUCCCAAAGGGAAAUAAUAAAAUAAACUGGCUUCAGGUGUUUAAAAUUUUUACAGUGGUGGCUGUAAACUUUUAUAUUGCAAGAAAAACUUGAAAUAGAAGAUCUCAUCUCUGUAGUGAAUACUCUGUCUGGUCUUCCAGAAGAGAGGAAGGGUUAUGGAAGAGAGGGCUUAAUACAAAUAUAAGCUUUUAUAAAGUGUGAUUAUCAGUCCUUCAGUAAGUUAUGAGGACAAAUACAUGGUAUAUUGUCAAUUUAUGCAGGCAAUAAAUAUUUCUGUUUCAUGGAACGGCAUAUUGGCUGUGUAAACAGCCAUUUCUGGGAGGAACUGAUUUCAAUGGAACAAUGCAUCCACAUCAUAAACAUUCCAUCUUUUUGCUCAGUUUGGCAUGGAUAUGUGUGUUCAUGCUUUUUAUAUGUACCUGUGUAUGUGUCAGGGAAAUACAUACUAUAUAUAUAUAAAAAUACAUACACAGUGUACAUACGUAUUCAGUUUUUAAUAUGUACUUUGCACUGUGCCAGAGAGAACUGUACAAUUUCUUGUUGUUUUUUUUUUUACCAGUAAAUUUAGCUGUGUAUUACUUUCUUUAGCACCUGUUUAAUUUGUUCUUGGAGUCAGAAGGUGACAAACAAUCAAAAGGUGUCUUUAUUCAUACAGGUGAGAUCCCUGUACUAUGCAAUAUUCCUGAAUAUUCAUCCCUUAAAUCUGAGCCAUAUAUUCUGAUAUAUUUUUGGAAAGACACAUUGGUUACUAUGUUUUGGGUUUAUAUUUCCUGUAAGGAAGUGCUAUUAUGUAACUGAUAAACCUUUUUUUAGGGGGUAAAAUUGGUGCUGUUUGUUUAAGCUGCAAGAAUGAGUGGUGAUAAUAAAACAGUUUGUUGUCACUGCUAUUGUAUUAUACAUCAGGGAGAAGAAAAUAUACUUUCUGUGUAGGAAACUGAAUGUAAUAGUGAAACCAUAUAUAAUAGUAAAGUGAUAAAAACUGUUUGUUAGGGAAGGUGUAGUCCUCAAAUGCUAGGGUUUAUUGUAUUUCUUAAUGCCUUUUUAUAUGAAAGCAUAUAGUAUAAAUGUAUUUUUUACAAAUUCCUUUUUUGAAAAUGCCUUGCUUUACUAGUAGUCUGAUACUCAUCAGGUUUCAACAGAGAUACCGCUGCAAAAUAGUGAAUUUGGUGACUCACAAGUCUAAGUAUUUCGUUAGUUUAAGUGACUACAAUGCAAUUUUAAUUCAGCAAGUCAUUUGGACUUUGAGAAUUGUUUUUCUUAUUACAUCAUUAGACAUUUGACACUAAAGUUUAUCUAUAUCAAUUUGUUUUGCAUAUCUUUUGUGGCGCAUGUGUGCUUAGACAAAUAGUACAGGCAUGCUCUUUGUAGUGAGAAAAGUCAGAGCAUUCAUUGAAGAAACAGAAUAUUUUCUCUUUAUGUUAGAAAAAUACUGACUUAACUUCCGUAUGGAUACACCAACAAUUAUGUCUUAAG